CCUUUCUGUUUACUUUGGGUCUUUGACCGCACAACGGCCUACCACCGAAGCCCACUCCCGCAGAGACACGAACACCCUUGUCGAAGCCGCGAUUCUACGAUAGCAUCACCACCCACCGCUGGGACGGUUAGGUGGCAGCGACGGACAGCGGAUAGCCUUCAACAACCUUACAUGUCCACAAUACGACCUACCCUUCACAUACAGCAACAACAAUGACAGACUCUUUGCACAACGCGCCCAUUGUGCUCGACAAUGGCUCGGGCACCAUUCGCGCCGGCUUCGCGGGAGACGACGUACCAAAAUGCCACUUCCCCUCCUUCGUAGGGAGGCCAAAGCACCUACGAGUGCUGGCCGGCGCAUUAGAGGGCGAGGUGUUUAUCGGCCAAAAGGCGGCCUCAGAGUUGCGCGGACUGCUCAAGAUCCGAUAUCCGCUGGAGCACGGCAUCGUGACGGAUUGGGACGAUAUGGAGAAGAUUUGGGCAUAUGUGUACGAUGAGGGGUUGAAGACGCUCAGUGAAGAGCAUCCAGUCCUCCUAACCGAACCACCCCUCAACCCGCGCGCAAACCGCGACACAGCCGCCCAGAUCCUCUUCGAGACCUUCAACGUGCCCGCACUCUACACCUCCAUCCAAGCCGUCCUGUCGCUCUACGCCUCGGGGCGAACGACAGGCGUGGUUCUCGACUCGGGCGACGGCGUGUCGCAUGCCGUGCCCGUCUACCAGGGCUUCACUGUGCCCAACAGCAUCCGGCGCAUCGACGUCGCAGGGCGAGACGUGACCGAGUACCUGCAGACGCUGCUGCGCAAGAGCGGCUACGUGUUCCACACGAGCGCUGAGAAGGAGGUGGUCCGGCUGAUCAAAGAGAGCGUCACGUACGUGGCGCACGAUCCGCGCAAGGAGGAGAAGGAGUGGGCGGCGGCCAAGAUGGAUCCGGCCAAGAUUGCCGAGUAUGUCUUGCCGGAUGGUAAUAAGUUGAAGAUAGGAGCAGAGCGUUUCCGCGCCCCGGAAAUCCUCUUCGACCCCGAGAUUAUCGGUCUCGAGUAUCCCGGCGUGCACCAGAUAGUGGUCGACUCGAUCAACCGGACAGACUUGGACCUGCGCAGGGACUUGUACUCCAACAUUGUGUUGUCUGGAGGCAGCACGCUCACAAAGGGUUUCGGUGACCGCUUGCUCACGGAAGUGCAGAAGCUCGCAGUUAAGGACAUGCGGAUAAAGAUCUUUGCGCCGCCGGAGAGGAAGUACUCGACCUGGAUCGGUGGUAGUAUUUUGGCGGGUUUGAGCACGUUUAGAAAGAUGUGGGUUAGCAUUGACGACUGGCACGAGAAUCCGGAUAUCAUUCAUACGAAGUUUACAUGAUGAUGAUAACGACAAGACUUGGGAAAGGAGAACGAGCGAGCGAGCCGGAGAGCAAGGACACCGGUUGUCUAAUAAACAAAAAUCCAAUUUUCAUCGUACAUCAUCAUCUAUCCAGACUUA